AGGUACACCAAUCGAGCUCUACUCAAUCCCCCUCCUGCUCUUGUCCGUAUCCCGGACUACGAUGCACCAAUGCUGAGUCCUUCACUCUUGGAGUAGACAUUUAGUACUUCUAGAAAAUCACUUCCACAAACAGCAAGUCAUCACCUCGCAUUCCGAAUAAGCCAUUGAAAAUUCAACAAUCACCUGUUCCUGUGGUAACAUCAUACCUCUUUCAUCUUAGAACAACCUCAAGCACUAUCCAAAAUGGCGCCGGGCACGCAGUUGAUUCUGGGCCGCUACGAGAUGGUCACGGGGAAAGCGGGUUUCCUGGGCGAGGGGAGUUUCUCCUUUGUCCAGAAGGGGACCGAUAUUCAAACAGGGAUGGUUGUCGCGGUGAAAACGUUUAAGAUGGACGUUUGGGCCAAGAAUCCGUCCAUGAAUCUGGAGAAGUUUCAAAAGCAAAUCGACAUUUUGAACCUUUUAAUGGAGCCAGUAGAUCCGAACAAGAUCAAGUACGACUAUUUGAAGCACCCGCUCUUCUGGCAAGUGAACCCGAAGAAGGCUUUUUUAGAGAUGUGCGCGUAUUCCGUUCAAGCAGACGGGAGGCCUGGUAUAGACGCCAAGGACGGGGUGGUCUACUUGAUCACAGAGAAAGCGGACUACAGCAUGAAGGACUUCAUCGAGGAAAGAGCGAAAUCCGGGCAGCCGCUGGACAAGGCAACGGUGGCACAGUUAACCAAGGCGUUUCUGAUUGCCAUGGGGAUUUUGCACGCGAAGAACUUGACGCAUUUGGAUGUGAAGCCCGAGAACAUCAUGGCUUCCAACGGCACGUGGAAGAUCAUCGACGUCGACGGUUGUACGGACAUCGACUACAAACUCUACCCGGGCGACGCCUCGGUCGCGUUUUCGCCGAUCUACUGUGCGCCGGAGUGGGCGAACUUUUUGGUGGACCCGCCGGGGGAAUACUUGCCAAUUGUGGAUAAGUUGGACGUCUGGUCGACCGGGAUCUCCAUCGCGGAGCUGGUGACCUUGGACGUGGUGUUAAAAAACGUGUUCAAGGAAAUCAUGCGUGCGUGCGGCGACCCAAAUCAGUGCACGUUUCAAUUUCUCGCCUGGCUCGCGAACCCAGCGAACGCGGUUCCUUUCGUCCCGGAGGUGCAGAAUUUCGACCCCCAGUUCGUCGAUUUGGUCUGCGUGAAAAUGCUGACCAAAAGGCCGGCGGAGCGGUGGUCGCUCGCCCAGUGCAUGGCACACCCCUUCGUUGCCAACGUCGAGGUCCCCGGGUUAGACGUGCCCACCGCCGAGGGCGCGGGAACCCCGGCGCACUUGGGCGGCGCCAUGGCGGAUAACAUCAAGAAGAAGCGGAACCAGCGGCUGCAGGAUUCCGCCACGGACAAACCGCCGAUGAUGAAGGGCAUGAUGUUCAAACUGAAUUCCGACGGCGACAAGAAAAACAAGGAUCACUGGUUGAAGCGAGACAUGUGGCUUUCCAGCAAGGGCGACUUGUGCUACUUCUCGCAGAAACAGGCGAAGCGGCUGAUCCUGAUGGACCGCGCGCACUUGUCCACCGCGAACGUGAUUCGGCUGGAGAACGGCGACUGCGCGCUGCCGUUCGCUUUCAUGCUGGAUUCGGUUACCAACGGCACCGACCACGAGUCCCACUGGUUCGCGUGCGAAACGGCGGAGUCGCUGCAGCAGUGGGGGGCGGUGCUGGAGCACGUGAUCCAUAACCCCGACGCCGUGGGCGCGCUCGACGCGGCGUUCAAGGCGCAGCUCGGGAUCCACCAGGACUUCCGGGAGUUUCGCAUGAUGAUCCGGAACCGGCGGGACAAAACCAGCAACAAAGACGACUUCAAGCCGGUGUACGAGGCGCAACUGUGGAAGCUGAACCACGACGGCGAUCCGCACAACCCGAGCGACUGGCUGCAGAGGCGCAUGUGGCUCGCGAAGAACGGGAGUCUGUGCUACCAUUCCGCGAAAGAGAACAUAUCAAAUGCAAAUAUGUCUGGGUCUGGAAGAUUCCGAGAUUUGUCAUGCAGUUUUUCCAAGCUCCGCCACGUCUGCAAUGCAGGGCAUAGCAUCACAGGUUCUGCAGCCUCUUGGUGAUGCCUAUUCUGCAUGAGAAAUGCCCUCUCAGCAUGGCCAGAAAUGGACAGCUUUUGCAAGUCAUGCAAUACAGGUUCUUGUAUGAUUCGCAACAUACAUGAUCACAAGUUCGCAUCCUUUUAGACCCAGACUACAUAUUUGCAUUUGAUAGACCAAGGAUUUGAUGUACUACCGCCCGGAAGACAUCCGGUACAUCCAGUUCCGAAAAUUGUACGAUAACGAGUCUUGUCGACCGUUCAGUUUCGAGAUGACACCCCGGGCGCUCGAGGGGGUAGAGUACUCCCCCGGUAUCUUCGCGGCGGAGGAAGAGCAAGUGCAGACGAUUAUUAUGGGCUGCAUCGAGAGGUACCAGAAAAUCAAAGAGGAGAAGGAGAAGAACAAACGACGGGGCAGGUGA